AUGACCCGCUCCAACGCCUCUCUAUUCGUCUACCAUCAGGGCACUGCUACUGCGUACCUGCUCCUCUAUGUGAACGAUAUCAUCCUGACGGCAUCUUCGCCUGAGCUCCUUCAGCGGCUCACGGCUCGUCUUCGUGAUGAGUUUGCCCUCAAGGAUCUGGGAGCGCUGCACUACUUCCUGGGCAUUGAGGUCGUUCGCCGUGCCGAUGGGUUCUUUCUGCAUCAGCAGAAGUAUGCUCAUGAGCUUCUUGAGCGCGCGGGUAUGCUUAACUACAAGCCCGCCUCCACGCCUGUCGACACCAAGGCGAAGGUGUCUGCUUCGGAGGGCUCCCCCGCGUCCAAUGCCGCGUUCUACCGCUCCAUCGUGGGCGCCCUGCAGUAUCUCACCCUCACUAGGCCUGACUUGCAAUAUAUAUGCAGUCCAGCAGGUGUGCCUUCACAUGCACUCCCCGCGUGA